CUUUACCUGCGACCUUGCCGUCGCGCAGGUCUCAUUGGGCGCAAGGCCAACCACGUCCCAGAAAGUUUCUCAUUCUUUGUUUCAAGAUCGCCUCUCUCAAAUCACGCGCGCCAUAUUCCCCUCAUAUCUUCAACUAUCUGAAGCACAAUGUCGAUAGCAGCUCCUCCUUCACCACAGGAGAUCUCCCGCAAGCUCUCGACACACUCGAUAUCCCGCAGGUCUCCGAGGCCGUCGCAUUCAACUCCGGGGCUUGUCUCUGGUACGGAGUCCGAGUCUGACCUUUCCGCCGAUACUGUCACACCUAUGGCAACUGGAUUCUCGGGUAGCAUUAUCGCGCAACCUCAUCUUUCCUCCAUCGCCGAGCGACGCUCCAGUGCGGGUGAAGAUUCGGAUGAGGACGAGGACGAUGACGGUACCGGAACCGGAUGGCGGACCCCCGCACAUUUGAAGGCGCAAAAGGAAGAGACCCAAAUCAAAGCGGGAUAUUUAUGGAAGAAGGGCGAGCGGAGAAAGACCUGGAAAAAGCGAUGGUUCGUUCUUCGCAGGGCGCAUAUUGCCUAUUACAAAACCGCUGCCGAAUACGAGCUCCUCCGACUCCUCGACCUCUCCGAUGUGCACUCAUGUACCAAGGUUGUGUUGAAGCGACACGAUAACACAUUCGGCCUGAUCUCGCCGUCGCGGACGUUCUAUCUGCAGGCGAAGAACCCGCAAGAGGUCGAGGGAUGGGUGCGUGCUAUCGAAGAGGCGUGUGAGGCACUCAAGGCUACGGAAAGCGGCGGACAAACACAACCUAUUCCCAUUCCUGCCAGCCCAUCGCGGGGCCGCAUGAGGAACAGCGUUCAAUUUGGUGGAACAUCUGCGCCAGCGUUGACUCCAUCACCGCCGUCGAAUUAUGGCCCCGGAUCGUAUAUGACCUCAUCGGACUCUGACGACGCUUCGCCCAUCGGCCAGCGGGCAUAUUCGCUGUCCUCCCAGACCAGAACUAGCAUGAGCUAUGGUGCACCGGGCAGCUCGCCCAAUGCUGGCUCCAAGAUGUCUGCACCCGCCGACCCCAGCAAGGCUCUCAUGGCUGGUUACGUCAUGAAGUGUAGCUCGAAGCGCAAAAACUGGAAGAAACGUUAUUUUGUGCUCAGCUCAGAGCAACUGAUGUAUUUUGGGAGUCACAUGGACACCAAACCUCAUCGACGAUUUCCCUUCUCCGAGAUAUUGGACGCACUCGAGUUCGAUGUAGCGACUCGCGGCGGAAGCUCUUCGGUUUCCUCACCUCCACCGUUGCUCGAUGGAGAUCAUCAGGAACACACUUUCAAGAUCGUCACGACGAAGCGGACCCUUUUAAUCUGUGCUCCGAGUGAAGAAGAUGAGAUCAAGUGGCUUGGUGCCGUGCGCGCGCUGAUUGCUCGUCGUGCGGGAGGUGGAGGCGUCCCUGGAGAGGGCCAGAGUGUCAAACAGUCAACUGGACACGAAGUGACUGCAUCGACGGGGUCCGGUGUGUCAACGAAGGAAAAGGAAGGCAGUACGAGUGGGUUGAUCACGCGGGUCCGUCGCUUAAGCGCCAGUGCCAAUGUGAGCACGGGCGUUCCAGGAGACGGAUAAAAGCGCCGCACUGCUUGCUUUACACCCUUCUCCCUUUGAUCCCCCGACUGCUUUCCUACUGCUCUUGCCGACUACCUUGCAGGUCGACUGCUCCUCUCACACACCCAUCCUUUCUACCCCGGAUCUCUACUCAUCAUCCAAUCAUUGCUUGACUCAAUCUGGAUGGCAUAUCAACCCGAAUAUCUUGAAAACGCGAAGUGUAACCAGUACUACAAUACCUGAUCGCCCAACUUGACCUCACUCGAAUAGGGCUGCCUGUCAUUUUCCAUAAUAACACGUAGGCUGGAUUGUUCUGUCUUUCUUGGCGUCGGCUCUGGUCGCGCUGCCGCGUUGCUCAGUCUCUGCGGGCGCCUAAGUGGCCCUGCGACUGAUUGCAUGAGCGCCAUGUGACGUGACUGUGACUGUAUGCAUCAAUUCUGCGCGCUUGUUCUUUUCUUUUGCUAGUACGACCAACCGGCGGCCGUAGCCUGCCAAAUUGGCUCAGGUCCCGUUCGACCGUCGAGAAGAUGACUUGUCAGGAGGAUGGAUUGGAUAUGCCCGCCGAAUAAGCUCCGACACGCACAUCAUCGACUGACGCCCAUAUGCAUGCUUAUCUUAGGAACCGAGGCCUCGUUGACGAGAAUGCACCGGGAUACCAUGAGCUCGUCCGACUCGCCCGACAUGAGGGAUCAGGGACAGACCAUCCAGGAGGCGGUGAAUCGCAUGCACGAAGCCAUGGUCCCGGGCUCUGCUGGAGGCAGUACUCAUGGCGGGAUUGAUGGAUCGAUAGAUGGAACGGGAAUUUGCCGGGCAGGUCAGAUCUAGAACAAGAACAUCGCGGGUAGAUCGACAGGAUCUGUUUGUCAACAGACCCAAACAGGCAUGGGUGCUUAGGGUCUCCAUUCCGCAAAUGGAUCUUGACUUCACGAACCGGCCUUGCGAACUACGGCGAGCUGCGACUACAUAUAACAGCCUCGGAAUGCAUGGAUGCGGCACAACCCAUUCGUAACUCCCCUCCGCCCUCCUUCUGAUCCAUUUCCUCUUCCUACGACACAUUCGGCUUCUCUUAUCUGGGCACAUUCUCCAGCAUGCCCAGGACCCUAAAAUCCAAAGGCUCUGUCCGUGUAAAGAGCGGCUGCCACACAUGCCGUAUCCGUCGAAAGAAAUGCGAUGAGCAACGAGACUCGGAGGGAUCAUGUGAAACGUGCAUUCGUCUCCACAUUCAGUGUCUCGGGUUCGGAGGCAGACGUCCUCCCUGGCUCCAGGAUCGACGAAAUGUGAAGCGGACAUGCGAUAAAAUCAAAGCUUUCCUAGCAACACAAGGCCUGAUCAAAGGUCACUCUGCCUGCGGCCGUUGUGUCGCUCUCGAUGAUACUCUCUUUCUUCGUCUCGACGACGACACCACCCCAUCAUCUAGCGAGAGUCCGCCCACAUCUGAGUUGUCUCUUGGUCCCUAUUCGCCUCCUUAUGGUUCCGUUUUCGAUGAGCGCGACGAGGGCCAACACCAACAGUGGGUCGAUGACACCUACGAACAAUCGUCCUCUCGGUUUUCCUUCCGCAGCUCGUCUCAAGACUGCUCUAGAAGCCAAGUAAACUAUUCUAGCACCGGAGAUUCAUCAAUCCCAACUCCCUCCAGCCUGAUUCAGAGUCAUGGCCUAUUGGCUUCAUUUCCCAUCACAGCCUCCCACUCAAACUGGCCUUCCUUCAACAGCAGGUUCCUGUCUGAGAAUUCUUCUUCCCUGUUCUUCGCUCUGCCACCGCAAUGCUUCGGCGACGAUGCCCUCACAUACUACAUAUGCCAUGUGAUGGGAAUACAAUACGUCUUCGCAAACCGGAUCCACAUCCGAGCCACUCUCGAGCCUGCGGUUCUUACCAGCGGUUUCGCGCAGAAAGCUGCCCUUCUAUUGGCUGCUAUCCACAGGCAACGGGUGGCGUGUCAUAUCCCGGGGCAUCGAGCAUUGCAAAGCGGCGACACAAACGAUCAAUAUCUGAAGCUACGACAAUCCUUAUUAUCCGGCAGAGUUGGUCGUCAUUCGGCUUCGCUCUUGAACAAAGACGGGGCGCUCGCAGCCAUCAUCAUCAUUUCUUCCGUGUUGUUCGACGGUGGUCAAGGCGAUUGGAGCGAAUGGCUGGACUGGACGUAUAACUAUGCCACGGCCAAAGUGUUUUCCUGUGACUUUGAUGCACGCGCAGCUCUUAGGAGAGCUGACGAUCUGAGUCUCUUCAUUGUCAAGAACGGGAUAUGGUUCGAUGUGCUGGGCUCAGUCACCAGCGGCCAGUCUCCACGCUUCUUGGAUUAUAUCCGACUUCUCUACUCUCCCACGCGAAGUCGACUACAGAGCUUGGACGCGUCGGAGGACGAUUCAUUCGACCGACUGUCGAUGCUCACAACGAUGGGCGCGGAAGAUUUGACUGUCCUGGCGCUGGCUGAAGCGAUCGCUCUCUACCAAUGGAAAUCGCUCCAGAUCGAGCAGGGCUCAUUGGAUGCAAAAGAACUCGUGAAAACGGCAACGUCCAUCGAGCAGUACCUCGACGCGAGCGUCUCCACAAGUCUGACGGCGCAGAACUCGGGAACUCACGCUCUGGGUGCUCAGCUUUUCCGCGGGGCGACCAGAGUGUAUCUGCGCUCUGUCGUGUCGGGCGACUUUCCUGGAGUAGGCAGCAUCCGAGAAGCGAUUGAUGAGACGAUGUCGACAGCACGCCAACUCUCUCUGCAGGAACUCAACUCCAGCAGUGUCAUCCGAAGCACAGUGUUUGCGUUCUUUAUUUGCGGGGCGCUGAGCGAUGAUCCCACCAUACGCAGGGAGGUGAAAGAAGCGUUGUCACUGACCGGCGAAAAUCCAAACAAUGCAAACGUUGGAAAUAGCCCCUCUAUCCGACGCCUGCUGCAGGAGAUCUGGGACCAGCGAAGAACAAGUCGUGAUCCGGUGCAGUGGCGGCAGCGACUCAAGUCUUUCAAUCUUCUGCUUGUUUGAUCUUCCUUCUCAUCCUCUUCAUUUUCUUGCCCCAAUAUUGUUCCCUCUCAUGUUCUGAACAUGGUCUACCUAUGCACAUCUCUGUAUUACUACUUCCAUAAUUGCCUAUGCGAUGAACUGGAGAUUCUUUCCCUGUACUUCACCGCCUGGAAUGCUGCCAAGCGCGAGCGAUACUGCCAGGGGCCGCUGCGUCGAUUUGGACCUCGUGCAACACCUGGAGUGCUGUCAAGCGCGGGCGCUACCAUUUCUCGUUCCGUGUGUCGAGAACUUGGCCGUCGGUCGUCCCGAUCGAUAAGAUAAGCCGAAUGGAUGUACAGUCAUGAUUUGCGGUACUCCUCUAAUGAUGACCAACGUGUCGUCGUCUCUCUAAGCCUUUGCAGCGUGAUGACGAAAGCACCAUAUGAAUCCGGGGGGACAGUCCUGCUUCCCGACUCCUUUUCUUUUCGGUUUGAUCACCGCCAGCGCUCAGUCGUGACAGUCUACGAGUCCGGAUGCUGUGAAUCCUUUCCAUUAGACUGCAUAGGAUGCAGCAUUGGGUCAGAAAGUGUACCAGAAAGCUCAUUGGCAACGUUCUGGAACAGAACACAGCCUCACACUGAGCAUAGCACAACUGAUGUCUCAAUCAGAUCGAAAGCAUAGCUUGGCGGCAUUUGCAAAAUUCGCGGCAAACGAGGUCCAAAAAUAGGGCAUUUGCAAUCAUAUUCAUCCUCUGCUGGUCCGAGCUUUUGCAUUGCCGCAGGCUCCUGAAGAAGAGGAGCAGAACCGCGUGAGUUGCCGUGGGGUUGCCGUCCGCUGAUCAGCGAUCAACGCGACAAUCCUGUUGUGAGAGAUCCAGGCCACCGCGAGUGAAGUCUGGCUGACGUCGGUGCAUAGAUACAGGCGUGCUUCAAGCCCGCUUGAGCCCACACGACACGGAGCAAAUCAAAACCCGUGCGUUGACGAGCAUCACGAUCGUAACAAACACACACUAAUUGUGUUUUCUCUCAUGCUGUGCUCCCCCCCACCGUGAGCCAUGGAACCUGGCACGCCUUACUCCUUAGUCUCCUUCGCUACCAGAUCAUUGAAUCAAUGCUAGUCAUAUGGCACGCUUUUUCCCAGGACCAAACGGCUAACCCCUUCCAUCUGGAAAACCCUGUCUCGGCAAUGCAGUCAUCGACGGAUUAGGGAUCCGAGAGAUCGUUUCGUGAGAUCUUUCCGCGCAAAAUAUCUUUAUAGUGGUGCAUGCAUUGGGCAUCGACUCUUGAUCUCGCUCUCUCUUCCGGCAACUCUGUCCGCACACCAUGCCCGGACGUAUGGCAUACAGAAGCUCCCCGCCCUCCUCCUCCGGGAGCCAGUCACCCACAUCAUCAUCUGUCGCGUCCUCCAACGUGUCCCCCGCAUCGGUCAACGUACCCCUAGCCUUUACCCCAGACUCUUCAAUCGAAUCUUCGAGUGCCCGUGCAUCACCACAACGCUACCCAGUCGAUCUGUCGCGAGCAGCUAGUCUCAGCAAAGGUGGAUGCUGGACAUGCCGAUUGAGGAGGAAGAAGUGCGAUGAGAUUCGAGAGGGCGACUCGUGCCAGACGUGCAUCCGACUCGGUAUCGAUUGUCUUGGUUGGGGCCAGAAGCGACCAGAUUGGAUGCGGGAUAAAGAAGCUGUCGAAGCUUACAAAGCCGACAUCAAGGCACAGCUGACACGAGCCGGGCUCAUCCGUGGGCAGCCUCGUAUAUCUAUCUCCACGCGUGGCACGCAGCGGCCACAGUCCAUACAUCGUCGGUCUGUCGAUGCAGCGGAUGGCCUGCCCCCUUCGCACUUCGACCCGAUGGCUGGAACAGACUUGGCAUUCCAGCAACAGUUCAUGGCUCGCCAGGUCGGGAUGUAUGCAGGGAUGACUGGCGCAGCCACGAACUACUCAGCAUUCUAUCAUCCCCCCGGCAUGUCAUUCAGCGAUCCAUUACUUGGGACUGCAUCGGUCGAUUUCAAUUCGGGGAUCUUUGGCAACGGCUACGACCCUUCUCAAAGCCCUGCGCUCGACUUUACGUUUGGCCAACUGGGAACCACCGGGGAUGAGUUCGACAUCAAUGUCCAGCCGCCCUCGCCGCACGGAAUGUCGUUGUUUUCUGGCCACUCCUCGCUUCAGGAGAAUCACUGCAUAUACUACUUCGAGCAUGUGCGCAAGAUGCAAUUCAUCUUCGCCGGGAACGCCGUGACGAACGUGACAUGCUCGAUGAUAGUCGAGGAGCCGCGUGGUGCCGUGACCAACGCCGUGUGUGCAUUAGCGAGUCUCCAUUAUACCCGGAUGCGUGUUUCCCACGGGCUGGAGGCCCCCGAUCCUAAUCCGGAGCAUUCCACCGCUAAGUACUUCCACGACGAGGCGUACUUUCAAUUGCACACCGCGAAACAGACGCAAGGCGCGUACGGAGAGAGCGACGCCAUCGCUGCACUGCAUCUUGUCUGGUUUUCGCAGCUUUCUGGCGGUGCUACAGACUGGCAGCCUGUGUUUGCCGUCGCUUGCGACUGGCUUGCACAGCAAACGGAUCUGCUCACGAACGACAACCCCAGGCUAGGGCUCCAGGCUUUAAGCACGGCCGGCCAGUUGAUCGUGAAGCUCACCCUGUGGCUCGAUGUUUUCUCCAGCCUCACGGUGAUGCGCCCCCCAAAAUACCUCGCCUUGUAUCAACAACUCUUCGGCGAUACGGCCAUGUGGACUCUGGAAAGCGAGCAAAUCCACAUGGAGGCUCUCACCGGCUGCCCGGAAUACGUGCUGCUGGGGAUCGCGGAGGUGUCGGCCCUGUCGCACUGGAAGGCUGCCGAGAAGCGGAGAGGGACGCUGAGCAACCGGGAUCUCAUUCGGCGGGGGGACGAAAUCGAGCAGCGCCUGCGGAAGAACGCCGUGAACGCGAAAACGAUCGAGUUCGAUGGGACACCGCUGCACCCGACGCUCGUGCAAGCCGAGUCCGAAGCCGUCGUGGAAACGUCGAUGUUCCCGCCACUCCCCCAGCGCAAGCUCGUGUCCGAGAUUUUCUCGGAGACGGUCCUGCUGUACCUGCACACGGUGCUGAGUGAUUCGAAUCCGGGGGUGCCUGAGAUCAGCACGUCAGUGGGGACGAUCAUUGGGCUGCUGCGACAGCUGCCGUCGUCCGAGAUCGACCGCGCGCUGGUCUUCCCCAUUUGUCUCGCCGGGUGCAUGACGGACGACUCGACCUGGCGCGAGUUCCUCAAGGGCCGGCUCCAGUCGCUGGACGAGAGCCUCGGCAACUUGAUGCGCACGCGGCUCCUUAUGGAGGCCGUCUGGCAGAAACGGGACGUCAGCGGAAUGGCGGUCGACUGGCGGGAGACGAUGCGGGAGCGCGGGCUGAAUCUGCUGCUGUUGUGAGACGCAUUCGGGGACGACGCGGAGGAGGGAGAUACAUACCUUACUAUUAGCCGGAGGAAACACUUAACGUUCAAUCCAGAGGCGCUCAGUCCGUAGUAAGGAAAGCGCGCGUCCGGUGCAACAACCACCGGCGCUGAUCAGCAAGCACGCUGGGACUCGGCAUCUCCCGGCUAUCACCUGAAUCACGCGCGCGCGUAACUCAAGGCUCAAGCAAGGCGGGAAUGAUCACAUCUGUACGUUCAAAGUACGGGAGGUCGCGUCCGAGAGCGCGCAGGAGCUCUGGCCUGCUAGCAGCAGCAAUCGCGCUGCUCGUACUGCUCUGGCUUUGCUUGCUUCGCACCUCUGGAGGGAUCCCCGGGAGAAGGCCAUUCAUCUCUGGGCGGCUGAGGAUCAGCGCCGGCGCCGCUCUCUCCUUCUUUCUUACUCAAGGCGCCUCAGGACGAGUCAUAAUUGGCGCGCCCGCACAGCAGAAGCAU